UUUUUGUUGUUUGUUUUCUGUAGUCUAAUCUGCUUGAAAUAAACCAUUUUCAAUCCGGUCCUAUUAAUUAAGCUAUUUGGGGGGACUUGACCUAUAAAGUUUGCGCCCUGACAGUUAUUCAAUGUUUCAAACCUAAAAUUUGUCUCCAAUUUUAUUUGAAUCUAGUGCCCCAACAAUUCCAACCCUUUUGUCACCUGUGUUGAACACAAUCCUUAAUUUAAUUAUAAAUCAGGCAUUUGGUUAGACAUUUUUUUAGACAUUCUAGUAAUAAUUCACAAAAAGACUGGUUUUUAUGAAUUUACCCAGCUUCUCCUGAACUCCAUUAACUUGUUUUGGCUUGUCAAUGUUUUUUUCUUUUUCUCUUUUUUUUCCUCAGAAAGACUACAACUUUUUCUUUCUCCGCCUUACAUAUUUGUCCAGACAAAGCAGACAUCAUUUAGCUGCAUGACAGCCCAUGGUGCCACGCUUCUGCUGAGAACGUGACAGGACGUGUUUCAAAUACCACGUCAGGCUCGCCGCCUCACAGCUCUUUUUACGCUUCAUUCGUUUGGAGCUUGUAACUCUUAACUAGGGCAAAGGGCGCAGGGUUUUUCAACUUUGCACUUGCUGAAAAAUGUCACCUCGGAGUUGGCAACGUGAAAAGAAGAACCGCGCAAGAACCCACGGGGCCCGAAGUACCAGAUGCGUAAAAGGGUCCAUCAACCAACUAAAAGGACGUGUUGUGAUUGUGAGUCAGUGUACCUUGUUGAAAGCUCUGUGCGUGAUUUACGUGAGUCCUUUGUGUGUGCGCGCGUGUAGGUGUGUGUUUGAGUGCACAGUUCGAUGCUUUGCCAGGUAUUUCCGUGCCGCCGCCGUGCGCUCAUUGGUGCGCCCUUCCAACGUGUCACCAGUUUUGCUGGAUUACCCCAUUUAUCUUCAGCAUCAAGAGGGUGACACACCACUCUGUCUUCUCAACUUCUGGCUUCACUGCGUCCAGCUGCUCAGAGCCGCAACAGAAUCCGAUUGGGUGGACAGCACAAUUUUUUCCUUUUUUUUGUUUCCAAAGCCCGCGAGCAACUAUGCGUUUGGUCCCCUCACAAUGCAAGGUGACUCCGUCUUUUCCCUUCCUCUUUUUGGCACCUCUGCUCCUGAAGAGUCUGUGGGUAACGGGGUCCCCGGGCUGUCCGUCCUGCGGCUUGCCAGCGAUGGAGAGAGAUGCAGAGGAGAAGAUGAUGAUAGAAUUCGCCAAACAGCAACUUCUGGAGAAGCUGCACCUGAAGGAGAGACCAAACAUCACUCAGUCCGUGCCACGGGUGGCGCUUCUCACUGCCCUGCGCAAACUCCACGCGGGACGAGUCAGACAGGAUGGCACCCUUGAACUAGAAAACAGUUCACCAACCAAAGAUCAAGGCUAUGAAAUAGUGAGCUUUGCAGAUAUAAGUAAUUCAGAGAGGGGAGACAAAGCGAGUCUUAGCCUUACCUUUCAGUUUCUACAAGAACGAGGCAAGAGCAUUCAAGUCCUCCAGUCAUCUUUGUGGAUCUAUUCUCGCUCCUCCCAGGACCCUCACAGAAACUCCCGCCUCCUGGCCCGGGUCUUCCUUUCUGCUGAGGGAGGCUUCUCGGGCUCCAACCGCACCCUGGUGAUAGAAAAGAUGCUUGAAGUUCAGGAGAAUAAUUGGCACACUUUUCCCAUCACCCGCACCCUGCAAUCUUUCUUGGAUGGAGGCCAAAGGCGGCUGAGACUAGAAGUCAGCUGUGAGGAAGAUGGGAAGAACCUUUGCUCCCUAGAUACCUCUGACAGCCCCAACCAGCCCUUUCUGGUGGCUCAGGUGCGUCUCCGAGAUGACCACUCAAAACACUCAGUGAGAAAGCGCUCGCUGCGCUGUGGUAAUGAGGUAACAGUGUGCUGUAAGAGAGACUUCUACAUCAAAUUCAAGGACAUCCAGUGGGACGAGUGGAUCAUUGCACCUGAGGGCUACCAUAUGAACUACUGCAUGGGCCAGUGCCCUCAACAUCUAUCUGGCUCUCCAGGUAUUGCAUCUUCCUUCCACGCCACCAUUUUUAGCCAGCUAAAAGUCAACGGCAUCAACACAGCAACAGCUUCCUGCUGCAUUCCCACUGAACGGCAGCCACUGUCCAUGGUCUAUUUCAACUCUCAGCACAGCAUCGUCAAGACAGACGUCCCGGACAUGAUCGUAGAGUCAUGUGGAUGCACAUAGACCACUGUCGUCGCAAGAUUGUCGUGGACAUGUAGACUUUAUAAGACACAAAAACUUCCGCACACAUGGAGGUUCCUUUGACUUUGCACAGCCCACGUCCUCACAAAAUUAUUUAAGCCACAAAGUGAGAAAUGUCUAUGAAAAUGUAAUGUUUAUUUUUCUAUGAUUUUGUAAUAAUUUCUGAAGUAAUGCUUUUAAUGAUGUAACACGACAUUUGUGUUUUCUUUCAGACUUGACAGUGAGGUCUGUCCUGUGUGUUUUACUACAUCUAACUUAAAUCUUUUUUUUUUUUUUUUUUUUUUUAAAGGGGCUUUUCUACCAGACAAUAUAAAUUUACAUCAGUUAUAAUAAUAUCCUGGCAUUUAUUUGAGUUCCAUAACGUCAAUUUUUAAAAGUUUUAAUUUCACAUUUUUCAUUAACCUAGUUUUGAAGCCUUCUACAGUCUGAAAUCCAAUGAACAAUUGUUUCAUUUAACAUUAUAUCAUGGAGGCAUUGUCCCAAAUUUUGAAACUAUGAAGCUAUUUAUUUUCCUUUUUUGAUAAUAUAAUGGUGACUGAGGGGGACAAGUUUUUGCAGUAUGUAACUGAAAUGUUUCCCAUUCUUGCAUGAUAGAUGACAUCUGCUGCUUAAGACUUUAGAGCCUUAUUUUGUACAUUUCUUUAUGUCAUUUUGUGAUGUUCUUAUGUGUCUUGUUGGUCACAGGUUUGAACAUAAUUUUUUUUUAUUUAAAAAACUCGCAAAACUUUUUUAGUCAUCAAAGCAGAGGAUGGGGCUUCUGAAUGUCUUCUGUUUGGUUCAUCUUUGCUCACAGAUUCUUUACAGAAGUGGUUUUAUGCCCUUUGAGUGAAUUAUUCUGAAAUUCUAUUUUUUUGCACAACUUUGCUGUUGAACUGCUUUGUCUCUGUCUAUCUUUAAAAGUGUUGCUUUUCAUCUCCAAACAUGUUUGGUCUCUCCCUGUUUUAGAUGUUGCUACAUGUACAUUUCUUUCAGCCAAACUUUAUUAUUUUAUGCUUUGCAGAAUAAAAGAAGCUAAGGCGUCUCAGUUUCCCUCAAA